AUUUUUUUUUCAGGUCAAAAUGAAAAGAUUGUCAAAAAAUGUUGACUAUGAAACAAAAAGAAUAAAAAAUGAUGAAUGUCCAACACCUAAAAUUAAAAAUGACGUUUUGUAUAUGGAGGAUACUCAAGAAAAUACUGAUAGCGAGAGAUUAAAAAAAAUGGAACGAGAGAACGAAGAUCUAAGGAAACGUUGCACAAGAUUGGAAAACAUAGUAACGCAAAUUUUAUCAAACAAAGAAGAAAGCAAAUCACCCGGUGUUAACGAAAAGUUUAUUGGCUCUAAACCUCUUGGUAACAAUGCCACCGACGAUCUUGCCUCAUACGAAAUCUACAACAAUUGUGAUACAAAAGCAUCUUAUUCCUACUCCAAUUCGAAGCAUAGAGUAAGUGGUUAUAGUUAUGCAGUUUCACCUAGAACAAGUCCUACAAAACAUGAAGCCAGUCUAAGAGAAUGCAAACAGAUAGUUCCUUAUGAAAAAGUGCCUGGAUUUUUUAGAACAUUUUCAAUGGAUAAACAUGCAAGUUUCAAUUGUAUUAGCUCCGAAGAAAUGGAAAAAAGAAACGAAUUUUUUCGCUCAACAUACUAUGAAGAGCAGCUAAAACAUUUGAGAAACAUUCGCCCAACGUAUCCAAGCUUGCUAACUCCAUUAGUAGAUAAACAUUCUCCUACAAACGAAAAAUCUCAUUCAAACAAAGCAUCUCCAAAUCCACAAAGAUACGAAGCUAAAAAGGAACUCCAGCAUCCUUAUGCCAGUGAUCUUCGGUGCGAAAACCAUUACGAACCAUAUUUAUUCGGUAGAAGUGUUCAACAGAAAGUAGUAAAACAUGUAGGGUAUUGUCAUACCCGACAUAAAUCAAACGACAGUAAUUUGUUUUUAGAUAAAUGUUGUUACAAUGCAAAACAUUCAGAAAGUUUAGAAAUAAAAAAAUACGACAGCGAGUUUUUUACUAAAUUGCCGCCCAAGUUACACAUAGUUGAAAGUCAAAAUAAAAACGGAGUUACACUGACGUGGAAUGCAACAUCGAAUACAGAUAGUUCUUUAGUCAAGUCGUAUCAGUUAUUUGCGCGUGAGCUUUUUGGACAAAAACUUGGCACAAUGAAAAGAAUGGGUGUUAUUGACGCUCUUCCACUUCCGAUGUCUUGCAACGUUGCUAACUUAAAACGUAACAUUAAAUACAAGUUUGCCGUAUGUGCCGUAGAUAUUUACGGCAGGUUCGGCAAGAUGAGUAAUUUUACAGGAAAGUUCGAGUUAAAAUCAAAUGAUUCUGAUAAAUAUAAAGAAGAAGAAAGUUAUGAGCUAAAAAUUAUUAUUUAGUAAAUAUUUAUUAAUUGUAUAUAAAAUAAUCUGAAUAAAUUAUAAUCAACUCUGCAGA